CUCGAGUGAUUUACACUUAUUAACCGUUGUAGUAUUUUAACAGGAUCCUUCAGCGAUGGACAACGCUUCACAAGAAGAAGAUGUGCUGAAGACGAUUAUGCCACUUCUGGCCCCGGUAAUUAGAGCAUCCGCUGGAUUAGCCUCAAAUGAUAUCAACUUCUAUACCAGUACAGAGCCGGACAUCGCUAGACACAGUGAUGAAUCAUCAGGUGCGCUAUUGAAAUUGAUUAACGAUGUUGUAUCUUCUGUGGAGUCUAACGAGGUUGGUGAAGUUCAAGAUAAGACUAUGAAGGAGAACUGGUCUCUUAUGAGUAACCUGAUUGACGAAUUUUUGGAGAGAUCAGACAUUGCUUUUGAUUCUCUAAGAAAGUCCACAGGUUCUGGUGGGGCUAGUCAAAAGCAGAUGAAGUAUUUGGAUGAUUCAACCAGUAUCCAAUCCCAAAGUGGAACCCAGAGGAGACAAGACAAGCCACAGAGGAAGUUUUCUAAGCCGGUGGAUAAUUCUGAAUCGCACCCUUUUAGGCCAUCAUUGACAUCAAAGCCUAAUGCCAUCGUACCCUUCGAAAGAACCUUUGACCUUGUCCCAGAGGAAGAGGGUAUCCCAGAGCACUAUAAACAACCAUACGAGACGGAGAUUUUGAACCAGGACUAUCGAAGCGAGAUAUUGGAGAUUUGUGAACCGCAAUUAUACAAAGAUUGGGAUGCGACGGAUGCUAUCUGGGUUGAUACACCAGAGACAUUGAAACAGAUGCUGGAGAAGCUAGAAAAUGCCACAGAAAUUGCCGUGGAUUUAGAGCAUCAUGACUAUAGAUCCUAUUAUGGUAUUGUCUGUUUGAUGCAGAUUAGUACCAGAGAGCAAGAUUGGCUUAUAGACACUUUAGCAUUACGUGAUGAAUUACAAGUGUUGAACUCGGUCUUUACAAAUCCAAUGAUCACAAAGGUUUUCCAUGGUGCAUUUAUGGAUAUCAUAUGGCUACAGAGGGAUUUGGGGUUGUAUGUUGUGAGUCUGUUCGAUACGUACCAUGCAUCUAGACAAUUGGGAUUCCCUAAACACAGUUUAGCCUAUUUAUUGGAGAGAUUCGCACAUUUUAAAACAUCAAAGAAGUACCAAUUAGCUGAUUGGAGAAUACGUCCAUUGACAAAGCCAAUGAGGGCAUAUGCAAGAUCUGACACCCAUUUCUUGUUGUAUAUCUACGAUCAGUUGAAAAAUAUGUUGAUACAGUCAAAUAAGCUGGAGACAGUCUUAUUCGAAUCGAGAAAUGUUGCCGUGAGAAGAUACGAGUAUUCAAGAUACAGACCAAAAAAUAGCGGUCCUAACAGUAAUGUUGUAUCUUUGAUUGAGAAACCAGAUCCAUGGAAAAGUUUACUGUACCAGUACAACUUACCAAUGUCUAGAGAUGGAAUAGUUCGUGCCUUGUAUGAAUGGAGAGACUCCAUGGCGAGACAGGAAGAUGAAUCUCCAAGAUACAUUAUGCCAAACCAGUUAUUAGUUUCUCUGGCCUCGUUGGCUCCAACUGACCCUGCAGGUGUACUUUCUGCAAGCACAAUGAUAUCUGAAGUCGUCCGCAAGAAUUGUAAAGCCAUUGCAGAGUUAAUUGCUGGAAAACUCCAGGACACAAAAAUGGAAGAUAUCAAAUUGUUAAACGAAGCAACAAGCCAUGCUUUAGAUGAGGGUGAAAUCCAAGUCACUGAAGAGUCCGUCUUAAAGGAAGAACAACUAUUCAAGGCGCUACAAACUUCCUCAGCCAUUCCGUUGCAACUCAGAAAGUCUUCCCAAUUACUUUCGUCCAAAAUGAUUUCUCAGAAACCAUUUGUCAAAUUCAGAUCGAGUGAGACAAUUCCUCAAAGUAUCAAUGAUCGUAAAAAGAUGGUUCAGUCUCUUUUGAGCAAGUUUACCCAGACACCAGAGUUGGUUGAUUCUGAGCAUGGAGACAAAGACAUGGAAGUUGAAGAUAUCUCACAACCUGCUGUUCCACCUGAACCACUCGAGCAAGAGGAGUCUACAUCGCAGCCAUCAAUAAUGUUUAAGAAUACUGAAGAUAUUAUUGUCCUGAAUGAGAAGAAGAAACCAAUCAGCAAAGUUGUAAAAAGAAUACAACAGAGAGGAGAAGCUUUCGAUUACUCAAAAGCAGACAAAAUUAUCAAGGAACCUUCUCGCAAAGACAGGAAAGAUAAAAAGAGAUCCUCUAAUCAGUUUGAUCCUUACACAAAAGAAUCUGAAGGUCCAAGACCGGCGAAGAAGCAAUCGAAACCUCACCAAGGAAAGACUGCAACUUUCAGUAGCAAAAAGAAUAGACGUUAAAGUACAUAAUCUAAUUUCAAAGACAGACGAUUGUCAUUUAAUAUGUAUCAUCUAUAUA